AUGACUAUAGAAUGGGCCUUGUCUCUUUUGCUCAACCAUCCCGAGGUGCUAGAGAAAGCUCGAGCUGAAUUGAAUGCUCAAGUAGGGACUGAUCGAUUGGUCGACAAACAUGAUCUAUCCAAUCUUCCUUAUCUUCAUAACAUUAUUUCAGAAACACUUCGGUUGUACCCAGCAGCACCAAUGCUAGUGCCACAUGAGUCGUUCGAUGACUGUAAAAUUGGGGGAUACAAUAUUCCGCGAGGCACAAUUUUGCUAGUUAAUGCAUGGGCAGUUCACAGGGACCCAAACGUUUGGGAUGAUCCAACGAGCUUCAAGCCAGAGAGAUUCGAAGGCUUGCAGGUUCAGCCAUCAAAGCUGAUUUCAUUUGGGAUAGGAAGGAGAUCUUGCCUUGGUUCUGGCCCAGCACAGCGGGUCGUGAGUUUGGCCUUGGGAUCUCUAAUUCAGAGUUUUGAUUGGAAAAGAAUUGGUGAGGAGGAGAUUGAUCUGGCUGAAGGACAAGAGUGUCCAUGCCAAAAGCCAAGCCACUAG